GGUCCCUGCUCUUUGGACUCGUUCGCCAUUUUGUUGCAGUCGAGUAGGUGACCUACAUCAAGUUGUAGUGAGUCAGCGGCAUAAACAACUACGUUGCAUUCUACUUGAGUGAUUUCAGGAGGCAACAACAUGAGUGGCUGUCGUGUCUUCAUUGGCCGUUUGAGCCCACAUGCCAGAGAGAGGGAUGUGGAGAAGUUCUUUAAGGGAUAUGGAAGGAUCCGGGAAAUAAACUUGAAGAAUGGAUUUGGCUUUGUGGAAUUUGAUGAUCCCAGAGAUGCAGAUGAUGCUGUGUAUGAGUUGAAUGGCAAAGAACUGUGCAGAGAAAGGGUCACUAUCGAGCAUGCUCGCUCCAGAAGAGGAAGAGGUGGGGCCCUGGGAUGGGACGCUUCAGCGGGUUAUAGAACUGCCACUUCUUUUUUGUGCAGGUAUGGCCCUCCUGUGCGGACUGACCACAGACUCAUUGUGGAGAAUCUGUCUUCACGGAUCAGCUGGCAGGACCUGAAAGACCUGAUGAGAAAAGCAGGUGAAGUUACCUUUGUGGACGCUCACAGACCCAACAAAAACGAAGGGGUGGUUGAGUUUGCCUCCCGCAGUGAUAUGAAGAAUGCCAUCUCCAAACUUGAUGGGACUGAACUGAAUGGACGAAAGCUGAAAAUUUUUGAGGACAGCAGAAGUCACAGCAAGAGCCGCUCGCGAUCCCGCAGCUACUCCCGUUCCAAGAGUCGUUCCAGGAGCCGCUCCAGAUCAGCCAGCCGCACCCCAGAGAAAAAGACCUCAGGAGGGGGCAAGGCUGCAGACAGAUCCCCCUCCAGGUCCAAGUCCCGCUCAAAGUCCCGUUCUAGGUCUCGCUCGCAGUCACCUGCUCCGGCUCAGAACAAAAAGUCUCGCUCUCGCUCUCGUUCCCGAUCCCGUUCCCGUUCUCGUUCCCGUUCCCGCUCUGCCUCAGUAGACGGCAAGCACUGAGACACCUGUAGGCUGUAAAUAGACUGAUGGUUGUUCACCACAGGCCUGUAUGAUGAUGGGAUUUUUUUUAAUGAAGGGGAGGAAAUUUCCUUUUAUGUGGCUUCAGUCAUUUAUAUGCUUACUUUGCCUUUGUCGUUUUUUGUGUUGGUGUGGAUGUACUUCCACGGGAAAAGUUUGUUUUUUUCAUGAUUUAUACAUUUCCCCUUUUUUAAAGCCCCUUCAUAUUUUUAACAAAUACCAAAUGACAAACAUUUUGAACAGUGAUGCCGCUUGUCCCUGCUGUCUGCCACCCACUCUGCUUUCCUUAAUUGUUCACGGUUAGAUGGGAAUGGUAUCAAAGGAUGAACAUGGUUUUGUUUGUAAUGUGAGCUCCGGCCUUUGUUGUGAAACUGAUUACUCUUCAUAUUAGGCGCCAUAACAGGUGCCUCUCCACAUGCUACGUUCACUGACCUGAUGUGUGUGUGAACAUAAAAAUGCAACCAUCUCAUUUAGUUACUUAUUUCAGCUUUUGUGUGUAAUAUUGGUGUUAAUUUUUAACACUGUUGUAUCAGGACCUUGUCUCGUGUCGGUGAUGAAACUCCCUUGCCUGUAUUUUUCUUUGUCCAGCUUUGUCUUGUGGAGUGUCAUGGGUCUGAACACAGGUGUCUAUUUCAGCAGG